GUACUUUCUUCUCACCUUAUCUCCCAGAAACUUAUCUACUCCCCCAGUUUCUCUGUUUCAUAUUGUUGAAGAGCUUUUCAUCUUUCUGAAAAGUGAAAAGCAUGUAAUUCAUGAAACCAAUGAUUUAAAGUUAAAUCCUUUUUAUAUCAUGAUUUGGCCUAUGAUAUGUUUUGAUACUUAAAGGGCCUUAAUAUUUUAGGGAGAUCUGUUAGGACCAUUCAAGUCCCUUGUUUCUGUAGUUACAUUUUAUUCAUCAGUGGCAGGACCACUUGUCAUAGCAAUUAAAAGUUUACAUAUAUAUACCCAAACAAAAGGAACUUGUUCUAUUGAUUUCACAUUUCGACUUCUCUGUCUAUUACAUAUUUUAGAAGUUGACCUUCCGUAACCUUUCUCAGCAAAGUGGACAAUGUAUAACCAUUAUGCAUUGAGACAUUUAUCCCGUCCUGAAUAGAUAUUUCUGGUGUAGGUCCAAAGGUGUUUGGUUUUUGAAGAGUCAUUUCUCUCCAUGUUUGUUUUUUUAUGAGUAGCUUUUUGGUAGAGCAAAAGAGGAAUUGAUUAUGUUAAGCACUUGUGAGAAUUUGUGGUUCUGAUUCCACAACUGCAUGAUUUCUGCUCUUAUCCUCAGCCAAAUGAACUCAUUUGAUACAGAUGAUAUUCCCGAGCUCUCUAAAUUAAAGCAUUUUACUUUACUUGCAUCCGCCGCAAGUGAUCAUAGCCUGCUGCCUUUCACUUCUUUAAUACGGGCGUCCCCCAACUUGGAGAAGUUUACUCUUAAGUUGAACUGGCCUUUCAUUUCUGGUAGAGAACAUAGGAAUACGUCUAAGAAAGGUGAAAGUUUUCCUCUUCAACAUCUCAAAAUUGUUGAGAUAUGCGGUCGUAGAACUGAAGUUGAACUUGUUGAGUUCUUUUUACAAAACGCUGUGGCCCUGGAGAGAAUUGUGGAUCAACCAUUCCCUGGAUGCCUUCCCAGAAUUGGAGAGGAAAAAACUUCUAGGAAACUUGCCAAAGAGCAGCUUGUAGGAAUAGUACCUUCACAUGUUGAGUUGGUGAUUAUUUAGGUUGGAAAAUCGACAUGCAUCACCCACUUAAAUAUGUUGUUGUAAUAUGAUUUCUCUUACUUUCUUUGCUAAGAUGUUUUGCUUAGAAACAUAACCUAUAUAUCGGUGCAUAAGAGAUAGUCAGGUUAUUAGAUUAUUAUAGCGGGGUGUGAUUAGAGCAGAGGGGAGAUUUCACUCGCUUGUGCUUCUUGUUUGAGUUGUCCGGUCCCUCAUGGUCGGAAUGCACAGGCGACGUUGCUUUCAACAGCUAUUUGCUUUUGAAAUCUCAAUUUCGCCGCCAUUGAACGUUAAGUCACAACCGCAAAGGCACAAUUCGGUUCCGUAGAUAAGGUCUCAGUUUGAUCAAAUUUGUACCAUGUUGUAAUGAUUACUCCUAUUAUUUCCAAUAAUGUGAAUUUUUAUUUUAUGCGUGUUAA